AUGACAAUCGGCGGCCAACCUGCUGGCCGCAUCGUGAUUGAACUGUUCGCUGACACCACACCGCGCACUGCCGAGAACUUCCGUGCACUCUGCACCGGAGAAAAAGGCAUCGGCCGUAGCGGCAAGCCUUUGCACUACAAAGGCUCAAUCUUCCACCGCGUCAUCCCUGAAUUCAUGUGCCAGGGCGGAGACUUCACCGCCGGAAACGGCACAGGCGGUGAAUCAAUCUACGGGCCGAAAUUCGCUGACGAGAAUUUCGCAAAGAAGCAUACCGGUCCAGGUAUUCUUUCGAUGGCGAACUCCGGGCCGAACACGAACGGUUCCCAAUUUUUCAUCUGUACGGACAAGACUGAGUGGCUGGACGGCAAACACGUGGUGUUUGGGGAGGUGGUUGAGGGUAUGGAUGUGGUAAGGGCCAUUGAGAAGGUUGGGUCUGAUUCUGGAACGACAUCCCGGUCCGUUGUGAUUGCAAAUUGUGGCCAACUUUCUUAA